AGCUCCAAGAAGAUGACACAGCUCAAAAUAAAAAUUAGCAAUCAGUACAACCAAGUCAUCGUUAUAAGGCAUCGCCCUCUUUUGCCCACCCCCCAGCACCAGGUGUGGCCACUAGCCUAUAUGAAGGCCCAAAAUUGUGUGUUCCUUUCUGCUCUGACAAUGGCAUGCCCAUUCGUGCGAGAUGUGGUGGAUGAAGAAGCACUUGUGCUGAGGAGAGCCUUCAGGCGAGAAAGGGUCUUCAGGGACCGGUUGGACCCACUGGCCUUCCCUGAUGACCAUCUAUAUGAAAGAUACAGGUUUUCUGCAGAUGGCAUCAGGUAUCUAUGCAGACUACUGGGUCCCAGGAUUAAGCACCGCACUGCACGGAGCCAUGCACUGAGUGUGGAGCAAAUGGUUUGUGUGGCCUUGCGCUUUUUUGCUAGUGGAGCCUUCCUGUACUCAGUGGGGGAUGCAGAACAGCUGAACAAGGCCACAAUUUGCCGCACAAUGAGGAGUGUGUGUCUGGCUAUCAAAGCAUUAGCAGAUGUCUUCAUCUCCUUCCCUGGCCACAGAAGACUCUGUGACAUCAAAGAGGAGUUCUAUAGGAUUGCAGAUGGUCUGCAAUGCUGACUGUGUGAUCAGCAAUGUUGUGGCAAAAUGGCCUGGCUCAGUCCAUGACUCCAGAAUCUUUCGGGCCUCUGAAAUCUAUCAGUGCCUAUCACAAGGUGAAUUCUCUGGUGUGUUGCUGGGAGACAGGGGGUAUGGCUGCCAGCCUUUUCUCCUGACACCUUUCACAGACCCCCAGGAAGCACAUCAGGCCUACAACCAUGCCCAUGCCAGGACCAGGGCCAGAGUUGAAAUGACCUUUGGCCUCCUGAAGGCACGCUUUCACUGCCUUCACAAAUUAAGGGUCAGCCCUGUUAGGGCAUGUGAUAUUACUGUGGCUUGUGCUGUCCUCCACAAUGUGGCCUGCCUGAGGAAGGAGAGGGCCCCCAGAGUGCCACCAGCCAUGGACUGGGACAAUCCGGCAAUCUUCCCUGAUGACGACAGUGGUCGGCUGCUGAGGGACCAAUAUGUGUUGAAUUAUUUUAGUUAGUAUGUGUGCUUUCAAUUUUGGUUAAAUAUGUCCUGCGGUGGCAGAGGA